CGCUGAUCGCAAAGUCGCAACACGGGCUACGAUUUACAUUGACGGCUACGAAACUUGCUCAAACCUCGAAUUAAUCCCCGGAUACUCAAAUCUUGCUACAGUACGAAAUAGGAGGCACUGCGAUAUGGCAAAUCGCAUACCCGGGCCUUCGAGAUGGCAAGCAGCAGUAGGAAUUUCAUGAACACCCACGACGAAGAAGGUUCGUCAUCUUCAUCGAGAUCGCCGAACGGGCUGCAUCCCCAAACCCACAAUGACGAAAGAGACGAGCUCGACAACUUAUUUGAUGGCGACGACGAUGGCCUUCUUAGCGAUGACCCCAUGAGCGAGGAGUUGGCCGAGCCUAUGAGCUUCAAGAGGAAACAGAAACAAUCCAUUUUCUCUAAACCGAGCAGGUUGUUGUCUACCUUGACAGGCAAUCGCCUGGGAUCAGUGUCGCCGCGCUCACCCCAUUCUGCCCACUCCGGCACGGCGACACCUACGAGAUUACAACUACAGAGUGCUCCCGAGACACCGAAUAUCCCGAAAGAAGGAACUCCGCUCGAUUGGUACGUCGAGGGGCCGGGGAGGAGAGUAGGUUACGAGGAUUUGACCGCGAUCGAUUGGAUCUUCGAAUACACGAAAGAGCGACAACGUCUACGAGUACUAUAUUCGAGUGCGACGGGUAUAAUAGGAUACAUACAACAGUUACUAGAUUCUAGCCAGAUAUGGGUCAUCCUCGUUCUGACGGGCAUUGCUGUCGGUGCGCUAGCCGCUGCGAUAGAUGUUGCCUCGGAUUGGCUAGGAGAUAUAAAGACGGGAUAUUGCGCCUCAGGGCCUGAAGGGGGAGCAUUCUAUCUAAACAAGCAGUUCUGCUGUUUCGGCUACGACCAAGGCGCCAAAUGCUUAGGAUGGAAACCAUGGGCCGCCGCUCUAGGGAUAGGCUCUGUAGGGGGGAAGUGGUUUAUAGAGUAUUUCUUCUUUCUAUUGCUUUCCGUCGCAUUUGCGUUCUGUGCCGGAUUCCUGGUCAAGGAAUAUGCUAUUUACGCCAAGCAUAGCGGUAUACCCGAGAUAAAAACGGUGCUGGGUGGCUUCGUCAUUCGGCGUUUCUUAGGGGCAUGGACAUUGGUCACGAAGUCUUUAGGACUGUGUCUUGCUGUCGCAUCCGGCAUGUGGCUUGGAAAGGAAGGCCCCUUGGUGCACGUUGCAUGCUGUUGCGCCAAUCUGUUUAUCAAAUUAUUCCCAAAUAUUAAUACCAAUGAAGCACGAAAACGAGAGGUUCUAUCUGCAGCUGCAGCGUCGGGAAUCUCGGUUGCAUUCGGAUCUCCUAUAGGGGGUGUGCUGUUCAGCCUUGAACAACUAUCUUACUACUUUCCCGACAAAACCAUGUGGCAGAGUUUCGUAUGUGCCAUGACAGCUGCUGUUGUGCUGCAAGCCUUUGACCCCUUCCGGUCUGGGAAGCUUGUGCUGUACCAGGUCAAAUUCAGUACAGGUUGGCACGGGUUCGAAGUGAUACCAUUUGCUUUUCUCGGAAUCCUAGGCGGAUUAUAUGGCGGACUCUUCAUCAAAGCUAACAUGCGUGUGGCGCAAUGGAAGAAAUCUGCGACAUGGCUUCCGGGUCCCCUAAUACAAGUAACUGUCGUAGCCCUCUUAACAGCCCUUAUUAAUUAUCCCAACUUCUAUAUGCGAGCACAAUCUUCGGAGCUCGUAUCUUCGCUCUUCUCAGACUGCGCCCUGGUCCUCGACGACCCAUUUAGUCUCUGUAAGACAGGCGCUGCAACAGCCGGUACCAUCAUCCUACUCCUAUUCGCCGCCGUCCUCGGCUUCUUCCUUGCGUCUAUUACCUUCGGCCUGCAGAUCCCCGCAGGUAUCAUUCUACCAUCCAUGGCCAUCGGCGCGCUCUCCGGCCGCGCCGUCGGCAUCAUCAUGGAGAUAUGGCAGCGCAACCACCCUGACUUCUUCGCCUUCAGUACCUGCGACGUGGGUAGACCAUGCGUGACUCCAGGCGUGUACGCGAUGAUCGGGGCGGCGGCGGCACUCGCCGGUGUUACACGCAUGACGGUUUCCAUCGUCGUCAUUAUGUUCGAGCUGACAGGCGCCUUAACCUACGUCCUACCUAUCAUGGUUGCCGUCAUGUUAUCCAAGUGGGUCGGCGACGCCUUUUCGCGCCGCGACAUCUACGAGAGCUGGAUCCACUUCAACGAAUACCCCUUCCUCGACUCCGGCGACGAGGGCGGCGGCGCCCAACACGUCCCCGACAUCCCAGCCUCGCAAAUCAUGACGCGCAUCGAGGACCUCGUCGUCCUCACUGCCACAGGCCACACCAUAGCGAGCCUACGAGGCGUCCUCGAAACCUGCGACUACCGCGGCUUCCCCGUCGUCAGCGACCCGCGCGACGCCAUUCUGCUCGGCUACAUCAGCCGCGCCGAGCUCGCCUUCAACAUCGCAGCGAGCAGGCUCCCCCCCGAAGCCGAAGCCUUCUUCUCCCACCAACCCCUCGCCGACCCCCGCGCCACCCUCGACCUCCGCCCAUGGAUGGACCAGACACCCCUCACGCUGCCCGGGCGCUCCAGUCUCACCCUCGCGGUCUCGUAUUUCCAGAAGCUCGGGCUCAGGUACGUGCUUUUCAGCGAUAGAGGCGUGCUGCAGGGUCUUCUUACUAAGAAGGAUUGCUGGUAUGUGUUACAUGGCGCUGAGGAGGCGCGGCGCGGGAAUGGGAGGGGCGGGUUUGCGGGACAGACGAUGCGGGAUGAGGGGGUUGGGGGAGGUGCGCAGGAGGAGGGUGUUAUGGCUGUGGAUGAGCGCGGGGGGUUGUUGAGUGCGGAUGGGGAUGCGAGUCCGGCGGAUGAUGAUGGGGCGAGUGGGAUAUUGUAAUAUUGUAUGUAUGGGUGGGUUUGGUUGGGAUAGAUUUAGAAAUAUGGAAUUUGAAUGUUUCGAUUGA